UGACUGGAUCUGCUAAAGGCAAGACCUCCGGAAAAUCGGGAGGCUCCACCGCCUCCCCCGCUUCCCUCACCCACAUCUCCAGAGGGGAGAAAGGGUUAAGGACUGUUGGAGAAUAGCGGGGCGGGGAGGGAGCCCCGAGGAGGCCCGGAGCAGCAGGCCGCGCCUGCAGGUGCAGCUUCCAUCAGCGGCGCGGCGCGCGGUGGGCUCUGAGCGCCGCUGUGAAUUUGGAGGAGGGACCGCGGCCACCGUCGGGGACCGCCGCGGAGAGGAGUGGGCGUGGCCUGGCCGCUCUGGAUGCUUGUUAGGAAAGAUGCUGGGUGCUUGUCACUGAGGAGUCAGGGCUGUGUGCGGAGUGUGUGUGUGUCUGUGUGUGCGUGUGAUACAGAGAGAGAGAGGAGGGAAGGACGAGAGCUACUGAGAGACCCAAAGGUGCUGAAGACCUAGACAGCGCUUGGAGAGCCACUCAACAUCUUUUGGGGGAGCCUAAUAAAUGUGAACAUGGGGUCUAUCACCGGAGCUGUCCUCAAGCUGCUACUUCUGUUAUCUACUCAAAAUUGGAACAGGGUCAUAGCUGGGAAUUCCUAUGAUUGUGAUGAGCCUCUGGUGUCUACCUUGUCUCAGGCAUCAUUCAGCAGUUCAUCUGAACUUUCUAGCAGUCAUGGUGCUGGAUUUGCAAGGCUAAAUCGAAGAGAUGGGGCUGGUGGCUGGUCUCCACUUGUAUCAAACAAAUACCAGUGGUUGCAGAUUGACCUUGGAGAGAGAAUGGAGACUACGGCUGUGGCCACCCAAGGGGGAUAUGGAAGCUCCAACUGGGUGACCAGCUACCUUCUGAUGUUCAGUGACAGUGGCAGGAACUGGAAACAGUAUCGACAAGAAGACAGCAUCUGGGGCUUUUCAGGAAAUGCAAAUGCAGACAGUGUUGUGUACUACAGACUUCAGCCUUCUAUCAAAGCCCGAUUUCUGCGCUUCAUCCCUUUAGAGUGGAACCCCAGGGGCAGAAUUGGAAUGCGGAUCGAGGUGUUCGGAUGUGCAUACAGAUCAGAGGUGGUUGAUCUUGAUGGAAAAAGUUCCCUUCUCUACAGAUUUGAUCAAAACUCCCUGAGCCCAGUAAAGGAUGUUAUUUCUUUGAAAUUUAAAACUAUGCAGAGUGAUGGAAUUCUUCUCCACCGGGAAGGGCAAAAUGGAGAUCACAUCACAUUGGAAUUAAGAAGAGGAAGACUCUUUUUACUUAUUAAUUCAGGUGAAGCCAAACCGCCCUCCACUCACACUCUCAUCAAUCUCACCCUGGGCAGCCUGCUGGACGAUCAGCAUUGGCACUCCGUGCUCAUCCAGCACGUGGGCAAACAAGUUAACUUUACAGUGGAUGAGCACAGGCAUCGUUUCCAUGCCCAGGGGGAGUUCGGUUAUCUGGACCUUGAUCAUGAGAUCAGCUUUGGAGGGAUUCCAGCACCUGGAAAAUCAGUGUCAUUCCCCCAUAAGAAUUUUCAUGGGUGUCUAGAAAAUCUCUAUUAUAAUGGAGUAGAUAUCAUUGAUUUGGCCAAGCGACAAAAACCAGAGAUCAUUGCUAUGGGAAAUGUGUCAUUUUCUUGUUCACAAUCACAGUCCGUGCCUGUGACUUUCCUCAGCCCCAGGAGUUACUUAGCCCUGCCAGGCUUUUCCGGGGAGGACGAGCUUUCUGCCUCUUUUCAAUUUCGAACCUGGAAUAAGGCAGGACUUCUGCUAUUCAGUGAACUUCAGCUGGUUUCAGGGGGUCUCCUCCUCUUUCUUAAUGAUGGAAAACUUAAGCUGAAUCUCUACCAGCCAGGAAGAUUACCCAGUGACAUCACAGCAGGUGUUGUUGGAUUAAAUGAUGGGCAGUGGCAUUCCAUCUCCUUAUCUGCCAGAAGGAAUCACUUGAGUAUGGUGGUAGAUGGCCAAGUGGCCUCUGCUGCUUCUUCCCUGGGGCCUGAGCAGCUUUAUUCAGGUGGUACCUAUUAUUUUGGAGGUUGUCCUGACAACAGCUUUGGAUCCAAAUGUAAAAAUCCACUUGAUGGAUUUCAGGGAUGUAUGAGACUCAUUUCUAUCAGUAACAGGAUAGUAGAUCUGAUUUCAGUUCAACAGGGAUCCCUUGGAAACUUCAGUGACCUCCAGAUAGACUCAUGUGGAAUCACAGACAGGUGUUUGCCCAACUAUUGUGAACACGGUGGUGAAUGUUCCCAGUCUUGGAACACCUUUCACUGCAACUGUGCAAACACUGGUUACACAGGAGCUACCUGCCACAACUCUAUCUAUGAGCAGUCCUGUGAAUCCUAUAAGCACAGAGGAAAUACUUCAGGAUUUUACUAUAUAGAUUCAGAUGGAAGUGGUCCCCUGGAACCCUUUCUUCUAUACUGCAAUAUGACUGAAACUGCAUGGACCGUCAUACAGCACAAUGGCUCUGACUUAACAAGAGUCAGAAAUACUAACCCAGAGAACCCAUAUGCUGGGUUUUUCGAGUAUGUGGCCAGCAUGGAGCAGCUCCAGGCCACAAUUAACCUUGCCGAGCACUGUGAACAGGAGCUUACCUACUACUGCAAGAAGUCACGACUUGUCAAUAAACAAGAUGGAAGCCCUCUGAGUUGGUGGGUCGGAAGAACCAAUGAAACACAAACAUACUGGGGAGGUUCUUUGCCUGAUCCUCAAAAAUGUACUUGUGGGUUAGAAGGAAACUGCAUUGAUUCUCAGUAUUAUUGCAACUGUGAUGCUGACCGAAAUGAAUGGACCAAUGACACUGGAUUCCUUUCUUAUAAGGAACAUCUGCCAGUAAGGAAGAUAGUGGUUACGGACACAGGUCGACCGCACUCAGAAGCAGCUUAUAAACUUGGGCCUCUACUCUGCCGAGGAGAUAGGUCAUUUUGGAAUUCAGCUUCCUUCAAUACUGAGGCUUCAUACCUUCAUUUUCCUACUUUCCAUGGAGAACUUAGUGCAGAUGUGUCUUUCUUUUUUAAGACAACAGCUUCAUCUGGGGUAUUUUUAGAGAACCUGGGGAUUACCGAUUUUAUAAGGAUAGAGCUACGCUCUCCAGCAGUAGUGACCUUUUCAUUUGAUGUGGGCAAUGGGCCUUUUGAAAUCUCGGUGCAAUCACCCACUCAUUUCAAUGACAACCAGUGGCACCAUGUCAGGGUGGAACGGAACAUGAAAGAGGCAUCUCUUCGAGUGGAUCAGCUCUUACCAAAGACGCAGCCUGCUCCCGCCGAUGGGCAUGUCCUUUUACAGCUCAACAGUCAACUCUUUGUGGGUGGAACGGCCACCAGACAGAGGGGCUUUCUGGGCUGCAUUCGAUCUCUGCAGUUGAACGGAAUGUCCCUGGACCUGGAAGAAAGAGCUAAGGUGACGCCCGGAGUGGAGCCGGGUUGCAGAGGCCACUGCAGCAGCUAUGGAAAAUUGUGUCAAAAUGGAGGGAAAUGCAGAGAAAAGCUCAGUGGCUUCUCUUGUGACUGCACCUUCUCUGCAUAUACAGGGCCAUUCUGUUCGAAGGAGAUUUCUGCAUAUUUUGGAUCUGGCUCAUCUCUGAUUUACAAUUUUCAAGAAAAUUAUUCCUUAAGUAAAAAUUCCAGCUCCCACGCUGCUUCAUUUCAUGGUGAUAUGAAGCUGAGCAGAGAAAUGAUCAAAUUUAGCUUUCGAACAACACGAGCACCAAGCUUACUGCUUUAUGUGAGCUCCUUUUAUAAAGAAUACCUUUCAGUUAUCAUUGCCAAAAAUGGAAGUUUGCAGAUCAGGUACAAACUAAAUAGAUACCAAGAACCUGAUGUCAUUAACUUUGAUUUCAAAAACAUGGCGGAUGGGCAGCUUCACCACGUGGAUAUUAACAGAGAGGAAGGAGUGGUCUUUGUAGAGAUUGACGAGAAUGCAAAGAGACAAGUCCACCUGUCAUCAGGUACAGAAUUCAGUGCCAUCAGGUCUCUUGUACUGGGCAGGAUUUUAGAACACGGCGACCUGGAUCAGGAGACGGCGCUGGCCGGCGCACAGGGCUUCCUGGGCUGUCUCUCUGCGGUGCAGCUCAGCCACGUGGCCCCUCUGAAGGCCGCGCUGCAGCCCCGCCACCCCGCCCGCAUCACCGUCUCGGGACAGGUGACAGAGUCUAGCUGUGUGGCCCAGGCUGGCACUGAUGCCACAUCGAGGGAGAGGACACACUCCUUUGCAGAUCAUUCAGGAACAAGAAACGACAGAGAACCCCUAGCUAAUGCAAUCAGAAGUGACUCUGCAGUGAUUGGAGGUUUGAUAGCUGUUGUGAUCUUUAUCUUGCUGUGCAUCGCUGCCAUAGCCAUUCGCAUUUAUCAGCAGAAAAGGUUAUACAAGAGAAAUGAGGCAAAAAGGUCAGAGAAUGUAGACAGUGCUGAGGCUGUUUUGAAAAGUGAGCUUAAUAUACAAAGUGCAGUCAAUGAAAAUCAGAAAGAGUACUUCUUCUGAUUGGCAGCUGUGAUUUAACUUGCAAUUCCAACGGUCUGUUUUAAUAGCCAGGGGCUCUCAACGGACAAGAAAAUGUUCUUACAUUGAAUGUACAGGCACUGGAUUUGCAGUACUGCCAUCUUGCCAUAUCCAGACUCGAGAUGGCCCCAGGAGGUCUCAUCCAGUGACGUAUUUCCCAUAGCAGUCGUUCUAUAGAACAAGGAAUUAGAUAUUGCUCUUAAUUUCCAACUGUUCUGAUAGAAUCUAAAACGGAAGUUUAACUCACUUGAUGACUACGGUUUUUAAACUGUAGCCCUGGUCUCUCAACCAUGUGAUACAUCAGUUUCGUUAGAGAUUAAAAAAUUGGACUAUACUGACCUUGCUUUAUUUGAGAACAUGCGCUGUGUUUGCUUUAGUGUCCCCCAUGGUGUUAUUCAUAGACCUGGAAAUGCUUCUCAGAUCCUGUUUGGCUGGUGUUUGCAUCUGCAGUGGCCAAAAAUAUAUCGACCCCCUCUGCCUUUCUCUGUAUUACAUUCAAUACAAUUUAUCAGUAGUCUUGAAAGAUGUUUUGUUGUCAUUGGUUUGAUUGUAUUGCUGUUUUUCUAUUUGACUUUUCUUAAUGAUUUUGAAUUUUGAAUACAUUAGGUUUUGAGCGUCAGACUUCAGCUCUGAACGUAAAAUUCAUAUGUAACAAGACUCAGAGAGUGCAUUGGUUGUCAGUGUGUGACGUCCUGCCUUUUAAAUUUCUCAUAAUCUGCUAUCAUUGUUCAGUAGUGGCAGUAGGUAAGACACUGGAUAAUGCCAGUUUCCCAAAGAAUGUGAAAUGUUUGCAACUACUAAACUUGUUGAUAUAAAAAACACGGUUCUUAACAAUGCAAAAAACUUAUUUUUAUUUACAACUGUAGUGUCUCAUAUGAAAUAUACUUUUGAGAAUAUUUUCCCCGAACCUUAUGCCGGUUUUCAUAGGUUUGUGCUUAUGGUUUUCUAAAGCUUAUCACCAAAUAUUCUUUGAUCUCCCUUAACUAUAUUCCAUGGAGCAUAUUCCUUAUGUAUUAGGAAAAAAGAGACAAUUUGAAGUGGAGAGCCCUAUUCCCCAUUCUAAAACAUAUACUCCUUCAGACAUACAUUUUUCUGAGUACUGAUCUCCAGGACAGACUUUUUGAAAUACAAGCUGCAACUAUGCCCCCUUUUACUAAAACCAAUGGAGUGGUUAAAGGAUGCUCACUCUAAGGGGUGAUGCCGUAUUAUAUGAUCUGUGCUAAGUUUGCCAUUCUGUCCUUUCUCAUUUAUGGUGAUGGGGCGAUUUCUUAAAAAGUACCAAAAAUCAAUAUAACCUACUAACUAGUGCGUUCCGAUUAGGGUGUAUAUACAUACCAAGAGAUCAAAGAAUUAUCAGUAACCUUAUGAAACUUGUUGCACUAAUGGAUUUUGAGGCAAAAGCAAACAAGAUGCGUGCAUGUUGUUAUCUUAAAAUUUCAUAGGCCAAUUAUAUAAUAAAGGCACAUUGCUAUUUAUGCUCACACGUUCCAGGUCCCUGGCAAAGAACAAUUGGAUUCCUCAAUUUUGUAGACACCAGAACAAUGUGGAAAUACAUAAAUUAAGCAUCUUAUUUCCCUUUUGAACCUCCUUACAAAAGCUGCCUGUCUUUUCUAUAGCACUAUAUCCAUUUUGCUGUUUCUGUAAAUGCCUGACUAAAUCUUAGGAUAUGGAUUAACAUAGUAGUUUAUGAAGGACCUAUAUUGAUAAAUGGCAUACUUUUUUUUAAUUGAAAGACUUGAAGAAUUGAACACAGAAAUGGUAGUUUUUAUUUGAUGCAAAGCUGAGUACAAGCAUCAUAACAGCCCUGAAUCUGUUGCAAGUGUUCAUGUGAUUUAGUAGCCGCAUUAACCUGGCUGGGAUGUAGACAGGUUUAUAGAUGGUGAAGCCUCAUGGUAGUGUGUGGUCCGCACUGCUAGAAACUGCAAUGUUAUGGCAUCAAAGUGCAUUGAUUCAUCAUAUGUCAUGAUUUUCAUGUCCUGAUUUGUAAUCUAUUCCUUCUUUUUUUCUUAAUAAAAUGCAUUUUUGAAGUAAAAUGCAGAAUAUAUUUUAAGAGACGUUGUAUAAAAGUUUAAAAUGAGGGAAUUAUACUGGAUUUUCAUUUUCUUAAAACAGUAAAAAGAUGUGUAGAUGUUCACCUUC